CGUACAGCGUGGCAUUUUCUCGCAGAGACGCUGCAAACUUGAGCACGUGCGUUUUGCGAAAACUGCGACAGCGUUUCAUCAUAAAACUGAACGAUGUACUUGUGCGUCUCCUUAACAAUUUUUGGUUUUUUCGCACAAGGAAUCAAGGGAGAAAUUUCUUCGGAAAACCCCAGUGAAAGUGCCUUCUUGUCCUACAAUGGAAACACUUCUCGUGCGGUAUAUGAGGCGUGGCGAAUAUCUGGAGAGCUAUCAUUCCUUUUCAAAACUAACAGGCCUACUGCUUUUCUCGCUUACCAAGAUGACGGCGCCCGAAACUUCCUCGAUUUAUUCCUUGUCAAAGGAAAGCUCCGCGCGUGGGUAAGAUUCAACAACUGCACACCGAAAUCGAAAGAACUGACAGUUAACGGAAACUUUUCUGAUUCUCGUUGGCAUAGAGUUCGCUUGACAAGAGGAAACGAGGAAAAUGUCACCCUUACAGUGGAUGGAUGUAAAACGGAAUAUAUUUCCUGCAAAUAUACCGCCACUGAAUCAGAAAGCUGGAAAGCUCUCUACGUGGGUAAUAUUCCAGCGAAUAUCAGUUUCAAUGAUCUGGCAAAUCCAAGAAUUGUCUACGAAUCCAUUGGAUUCGAAUUCCAGGGCUGCAUUGGUCAUAUGACUCAAACUACACCUGAACACAGUCCCAAGCCAUUAGUUCUACUUCAUAGCGAAUGGACUGGUGCCAACUGUCAGAGUCAAUGCAGUUCGGGCAGGAAAUGUAAUCCAAUAGAUGACGUAAUCAGGACAGAAUGCGAAUGUCCCGGAUACUGAAACGAAGCAUUG